AAAUUAAUAAAAUUUUUCACAAUUGUUUUUUUUUUCAUUAACAAUUAUUUAUUAUAAUAUUAUAAUUUGUACUUAUAUAAAAAAAAUGAACUUCUUAAAAUCAUCAGUUGCCUUAUUAGCCCUCGUUGCUGUCGCUAAAGCCGAUUUCAACACUUUCACAUUUGCCAAUGCUGAUGCAUCCUCAACCACUUGUGCUGCUGAUGGUGCUGUUACUGUUGUCAAUGAAUUAGAAAAAUGCACUGUUGUUUGUGGUAAUGCCAAUGUCCAAAUUGCCUCAACUGAUACUGCUGGUACUUUUGAUGUUACUUAUUUCACAGAAGCCGCAUGUGCUGAUACACCAGCACCAGCUGCCGAAUCACUCGUUUGUGUUGAAGGUACCGCUGUUACCGUCGGUGAUUAUUCAAUUACCUGCUCAACUGUCACCGAAGCCCCAACUGAAACCCCAACUGAAACCCCAACUGAAAAACCAACUGAAACCCCAACUGAAAAACCAACUGAAAACCCAACCGAAACCCCAUCCACCACCGAAUCAUCAUCAUCAUCAACUCUUUUAGUCAGUGUUACUAUGGUUGCUGCUUCAGUCGUUGCUGCUUUACUUUAAAUUAUUUAAAAAAUGUUAACAAAUACAAUACGAAACAAUUAAAAAUCACUCUUUUUUUUAUAUAAUUAAAAUAAAUAAAUAACUAUAUAAUGAAUAGUUGUAUAUUU